GGAACUGUAGAGCUCGAGCAGGACUGCACCGCCCGUCCUCGUUUGGCAACUGUACAUAGUUAUUUAUUCAUUCGGCUUCGCGUCUUCUCCCCCCCCCCCCACGAAAUGACCCGCUGGAUUCCGACUAAAAAAGAAAAGUAUGGAGUCGCAAUCUACAACUACGAGCCCAGUGGGGAGCAGGAGCUGUGUCUUCAAGUGGGGGACACGGUGCACAUACUUGAGAAAUUGGAAGGCUGGUACAGGGGCUACAGGCUGCGCAAGAAAUCCCAGAAGGGCAUUUUUCCAUCUUCCUACAUCCACUUGAAGCAGGCUACGGUUGAGGGAACGGGCCAACAGGAAAUAAUUAUUCCUGCGGACUUGCCCCUGGUGCAGGAGCUCGGUGCUACUCUGAGGGAAUGGGCACAGAUAUGGCAGAAGCUGUAUGUGGCGAACAAGGCAACCCUGUUCAGAGGUGUUCAGCAGAUGGCCUACAGCCUCAUCGAAUAUCGAUCUCAGAUAGUGUCGGGAACGCUGCCCAAAGAUGACCUUGUGGAACUCAAAAAGAAAGUCACAGCGAAGAUUGAUUACGGAAACCGGAUUCUUGGAUUGGACCUGGUGGUGCGAGAUGAAGCGGGAAACACGCUGGAUCCCGACAAGACCAGUACGGUCAGUCUGUUCCGGGCACACGAGACCGCCUCACGCAGCGUCGAUGACAGGAUACAAGAAGAGAAGACGCGACUACAAAACCUGGAAAUGCAGCGUCAGACCCUGUUCAGUACGGUGCACACCUAUAGUCUACUCAUGAACCUGAAGAACUUUGUAUGCAACAUCGGAGAAGACGCUGAGCUCCUCAUGUCUCUGUAUGACCCCGACCAGUCGGAAUUCAUCAGUGAGAACUUCCUGGUGCGCUGGGACAGUAUGGGGAUGCCUAAAGAAAUUGAAAAACUAAACAACCUGCCAGCCCUAUUCACGGACCUAAGCAGCAGUGACUUGAUGCGACAGCGGGUCUUCCUGGUGUGUCAGAUCAUCAGAGUCGGCAGCAUGGAACUCAAAGAGGGCAAGAAACACACCGGAGGACUAAGGAGACCCUUCGGUGUGGCUGUGAUGGACAUCACAGAUAUCGCCCAUGGCAAAACCGACGAUGAGGACAAACAGCAUUUCAUCCCCUUUCAGCAGAUAGCCAUGGAAACCUACAUCCGUCAGCGGCAGCUCAUCAUGUCUCCGCUCAUCCCAUCUCGAGUCAUAGGAGAGAACGAGCCACUCACGGCUGUCUUCAACAAAGUCAUCGCGACGCGGGAGGUCAAUCACAAGGGCCAGGGGCUGUUUGUGACUCUGAAGCUGCUCGCAGGGGACCUUGGCCAAGUCAGGAAGGACUUCCCCCACUUAGUUGACCGCAGCACUGCUAUCGUCAGGAAAAUGGGCUUUCCGGAAAUCAUCCUCCCAGGAAUCGUGAGGAAUGAUAUUUACGUAACAUUGCUGCAGGGAGAGUUUGACCGUGGUAAAAAGAAGACCCCGAAAAAUGUGGAGGUCAUACUGAGUGUGCAUGAUAAUGAAGGCAAUCCCAUGGAGAAAGUGAUAUUUCCUGGGGCCGGUUAUGAUGGCAUCACAGAGUACAAGUCUGUAAUUUACUACCAGGUGAAGCAGCCAUGUUGGAAUGAGACGGUGAAGGUGACGAUUCCCAUCGAAGACGUCUGCCGCUGUCACCUCAGGGUGUUGUUUCGACACAGAUCCUCCCAGGACUCCCGGGACAAAUCGGAGAAGCCCUUCGGUAUGGCCUUCGACCGGCUCAUGAGAACAGACGGGACGACGCUGAAAGAUGGCAGGCAUGAACUUAUCGUCUAUAAGGCUGAUGUGAAAAAGACAGAGGAUGCGAAGGUUUACCUCACCUUGCCAGCAACCUGGGCUGAAGUGGAGGAAAAGGAGAAGCAAACAGGGAAGCAGUUCCACCAUUCAGGAGUGAUUCCUGUGACUAAAGACAGCUUCCAGAUCGCCACGCUCACCUGCUCCACUAAACUCACCCAGAACGUGGAUUUACUCGGGCUGUUGAACUGGCGGUCUAAACCUGAAGACCUGGUCCAGAUUCUGCAGAGGCUGAUGGAAGUCGAGGGAGCGGAGAUCGUCAAAUUUCUCCAAGACACUCUUGAUGCCUUGUUCAACAUCAUGAUGGAGACCUCAGAGAAGGACACGUAUGAUACUCUGGUUUUUGAUGCCCUGGUAUUCAUAAUCACACUUAUUGGUGAUAUAAAAUUCCAGCACUUCAAUCCGGUCCUGGAAACCUACAUCAACAAGCACUUCAGUGCCACUUUGGCUUACAUGAAGCUGACGAAGGUGCUUAACUACUACGUGGGCCACGCCGAGGAGCCUGCUCUGGCCGAGAGGCUCUAUGCAGCCCUCAAAGCUCUUAAGUACCUGUUCAGGUUUAUUGUGAAGUCCCGGGUCCUCUACCUCAGAUUCAAUGCGAACGUUGAGGAUGGCGACGCUUUCUUGAACUCCAUUCGCACCCUUUUCCUAUCUUUUAACACUCUGAUGGACAGACCGCUGGACGAGGGAGUGAAGAUAAAGGCAACAAUACUGAAAUACCUCCCGAGCAUCAUCAAUGACAUCCAGACUGUGUUUGAUCCCGUGGAGCUCAGCGUUCUACUCGCAAAGUUCAUCGAGAGCAUUCCUGACUUGCAGCUUGUGCGUCAGAAGCUGGGCUGCAUGUGUAAAAUGGUGGAGAGUGACCUUUUCAGGCAGCCAGAUUGUCGAGAUGGGCUUCUUCCACUUGUCACUGACCAGUUGAGCGGGCAGCUGGACGACCACUCCAGUAAGCCAGACCACGAGGCCUGUGCACAACUCCUCAGCACAGUGUUGGACAACUUGGAUCGCAAGGAUGUGGGUCCAACCAGAGGGCACGUUCAGCUGAUCAUGGAGCGGCUACUCCGCAGGGUCAAUCGCACCGUCAUUAGCAUGGACAGAUCCUCCCCUCUCAUCGGCCACUAUCUCGCCUGCAUGACGGCCAUCCUGAAGCAAAUGGAUGACAUGCAUUACGCCCACUACAUCAGCACCUUCAAGACGAGACAGGAUAUCAUUGACUUCCUCAUGGAGACAUUUCUCAUGUUUAAGGACCUCAUGGGAGACGUUUUCCCUGCUGACUGGAUGAUCAUGAACCUUGUGCAGAUGAAGGUCUUCCUGAGGGCCAUCGGACAAUAUUCGGACGUCCUCAACAUGUAUUUUCUGGACCAGGCACAUUUUGAACUGCAGCUUUGGAAUAACUACUUUCAUUUGACGGUGGCGUUCCUCACCCACAAGACACUGCAGCUGGAAUCCUUCUCUCAAGAGAAACGAAAUAAGAUACUGAACAAAUAUGGAGACAUGAGGAAGACUAUUGGGUUUAAGAUCAGAGAUAUGUGGUACAAUCUCGGCCCCCACAAAAUGAAGUUCAUCCCAGCGAUGGUCGGGCCAAUUCUGGAGGUCACUCUGGUGCCGGAGCCGGAGCUGAGGAAAGCCACCAUCCCCAUCUUCUUUGAUAUGAUGCAGUGUGAGCACAACUUCAGCCCCGCACGCACGUUUGAAACGUUUGAGAACGAACUGAUAACAAAACUGGACCAAGAGGUGGAAGGAGGCCGAGGGGAUGAGCAGUACAAACUCUUGCUGGAGAAAACGUUGCUGGAACACUGCAGACGGCACAGAUACCUGUCACAGUCCGGAGAGGAGCUGGCUCUGCUGCUGAGCAGCCUGCUGGAGAAUCUCCUGGCGUACCGCACCAUCACACAUGACGAAAGCCCCGAGUACCGCAUGAGCUGCACCGUCAACGUGCUGAAUUUCUACAAAGAGAAAAAGAGGGAAGACAUUUACAUCCGGUACCUGUACAAGCUGCGAGAUUUGCACCUGGACUGUGAGAACUACACGGAGGCGUCCUACACUCUGCUACUCCAUGCUGAAUUACUGGAGUGGUCCGACAAACCCUGCGCACCUCAUCUGAUACCUGGAGACGGGAAGCAUGUGUGGACCCAACAGGAGCUGAAGGAGAGGCUCAUCCAGGAGAUCAUAUGUUAUUUGGACAAGGGCAAGAUGUGGGAGAAGGCCAUUGAGCUGGGCAAGCAGUUGGCCAAGAUGCAUGAGAGUCACAUGUUUGACUUCAUGGAGCUAAGCCAGCUGCUGAAAAAGCAAGCCCAGUUCUAUCAAAAUAUAAUGCACGCAAUGCGGCCACAGCCAGAGUACUUUGCUGUGGGCUAUUACGGCCUUGGAUUCCCCACGUUCCUCAGGAACAAGAUGUUCAUCUACCGAGGCAAGGAGUACGAGUGGCUGGAAGACUUCAGCUUGAAGCUGCUCUCUCAGUUCCCCAACGCAGUGAGGAUGACCAGCACAGCGCCCCCUGGAGAUGACAUCAGCAACUCCUCCGGACAGUACAUCCAGUGCUUUACUGUCAAGCCCGUUCUGACCGUGCCGCUCCAGUUUAAAGACAAGGGAGUUCCUGAACAGAUAUUAAACUAUUACAGAACCAAUGAAGUGGAUCAGUUCAAGUAUUCCAGGCCCUUCAGGAAAGGGGAAAAGGAUCCAGACAAUGAAUUUGCAACCAUGUGGAUCGAGAGAACGACCUACAUUACAGCCUAUCGCUUCCCAGGGAUUCUGAAAUGGUUCGAAAUCAAAUCUGUCUCAGUGGAGGAGAUCAGUCCUUUGGCGAACGCCAUAGAGACCAUGGAGAUGGCCAAUGAGAAGCUGAGUAACCUCGUGCAACAGCAAGCCUGCGAUCUCUCGUUAUCCAUCAACCCGCUGUCCAUGAUGCUCAGCGGCAUUGUCGACCCUGCUGUCAUGGGCGGCUUCUCCAACUAUGAGAAGGCAUUCUUCACAGAGACCUACAUCCAAGGGCACCCAGAGGAUCACGAACGCAUUGAGGUCCUUAAACAGCUCAUCGCCCUGCAGAUCCCUCUCUUGGCAGAUGGGAUUCGCAUCCACGGGGAGAAGACGACUGAGCAGCUGAAGCCCUUGCACAACCGCCUGGUUACUUGCUUUCGAGACCUUCGGGAGAAAGUGGAGAAGCAUUACGGCGUCAUAACCUUGCCCUGCUCUCUCGCGGAGAGGAAGAAGAGUCGCGUGGGCUCCGCCGUGAUGCCCUACAUCCUGUCCUCCACCCUGCGUCGCAUGUCUACUAUCUCGACCCUCUCCAACGCCUCCUCGGGUCUCUCCAGCGGCUCCGCAUCCUCAGAUGGACCCUCCUGCGUCUCCUCCCAGGACAGCUCCUUAUUGUCCCGCCCCAGCGAUCGGAGGGCCUCCGUUCUGUCCCGCUCGGAGGAAGACAACAGGAUUGCUAGAAAGAACAGGAAGGAAUGGAGCGUCAGCAAAUCCCAGGUCCUACUGGAGAGGCAGUCAGAUGCAGACGAGACUCCUUCAGAGAGGCAGCAGAGACCCAAGAGUUUACAAUUGGGGGACCGGCGGCUUACCCUCUCCCUGUUCCAUGGUGUUUCAUCCCAGCUCGGCUUGUCGAACCCUCUCAGCCCGCUACCGGCCUCUCCACACACGCCUUGCGCAGCCCGCAGCUCCAGCUAUUCAUCGCUCCUCAGUGACAACGACGUCAAUACCACAGACACCACAGACACCCCCCCACCUAUGCCUCCGAAGAAACACCCGCACGAGAUUGACAACCCGGGGUUCUUCACAGAGUUCACUCCUCCGCUACCAAUGAAAAUAGAGAGCAAGCCUCCCCCUCCGCCUCCGAAAACUCGGAAGUCGAUGCUCCCCACAAAUGAACACCCCCCCCACUAAGUGCACAGCCACACACAGGCUUCAAAGUUCCACUUAUUUUCUGAUGUUGCUGUGAUUAAAGUGCAGCUUCAUUUUCGGCAUCCUGAAGACGCCACAGAUGCAGUGUCAUCCAUGUGGGAUGUAGGCAGGAUUUGCAGGGAAGGAGACAUCUUUCUGAGGCAAGUAUCUAAAUUCUUCCAAGCGGUCCAUUUGUUCUCAAGUUUUAGCUGAUGUUUAAUUUUUAAGCCACAAAGAAGAUUAUAUUGUAUGAGGCAUUAUUAUCAUACGAGGCUACUGCUGUGCAAAAGGGGACAUACUGUGUGAUUUAGGGUACAUAAGGCCUCUUCAACCGUAUCCAGCAUAUCCUUUGAAUUCCUGUGCUUUUUGAGUUAUUGAAACUUUAUAUGCUUUUUUUUUUUUAAGUCAAUAUGUCGACUUAUCACUCGCAGGGAAAACAAAUGACCAAUG